AUGGCUUCCACCUCUAUAUUCACCUACGACCCGGAACCACCCCGGGUCUCCUCUCCAUGGCUGGCUUCUGAGGAUGCCGAAAAGAAGCAAGGUGCAGACCGGUCCGCCUCGGCCAGCAAUGACGGCGACUCAGACCCUGGCCAGGAAUCCAACGUCGAAAGACUGGAUGCGGAGCCGCAGGAUGGGCCGAUCGAGUACAAGUUGCAUCUUCUCCUGAGACCACGUCGCAACUACGACAUGAUGAGCACCACGUCACGGAUUGCAGGCUCACAACAAUCCAAGCCACGGCCAAGUUUUUCCACCAAGAGUGGGAACAGCACCCUGAUCUCAUCAAGCCAGACGCGGCACAACCGCCUGGCGCAUUUGACCACCCAACUCCUGUGGCGGUUGCAGCAGUCGUCUCCGUAUCACCGGAAAGCAAAAAGGGAGCUCGUCAUCCCUAAACUGCUCGAGGAUGGCGACAGUCUACAUCUCCUGGAAAAGCCUCGGGAGCCCCUUCCUGGUCUGGAGGAGUCGAACGGAGCCCUUUACGAGAUCGGAGUGUCAGACGACGGCACGUUCGUAGGCUUGACCAAGGAUGAGAUGGAUGAGAGUAUGACAACUCUGAAGAUCAUGGCGGCCAGCCUCGGAUGUCGGGUUGAAGUCCAGCGCAUGAAGAUGGUGGGCAAGUGCGAGUGGACCGAGGGUACUCGACAGAAGGCUGACCUAUGGGUCGCUGAAGCUCUGAUCAUGCCCAUAUUAGAACCGCAGAAAGACCCAAACGGUGACAGUGAGGGCCCUGCACAAGCCGACUCCUCGGCUCCGGUCAGUGCUUCUCAGACCGAGCAACUCCGCGUAUCAUUGACGGGACCGACAACCUCUGGAAAGACGACAUUGCUCGGGGUGCUUGCAAAUGGUACACUCGACAACGGCCGCGGGAGCAGCAGAAUCAACCUUUUGAGGCACCGCCAUGAGGUGGUCUCUGGGCAAACCUCGUCGGUCGCUCAAGAACUCAUUGGCUACAAAGAUAACAAAAUUUUCAACUACGCUGGAGUGUAUAUCAAGUCGUGGACUGACAUUCAUGAUCAUGCCGAAGAUGGCCGUCUCGCAUUCUUCUCCGACUCGGCUGGUCACCUUCGCUUUCGGCGCACAAUCCUACGGGGCCUGGUAGGUUGGGCACCUCACUGGACGUUUCUAUGCAUUGCGGCCAAUGGCGGUGAUGUAUCGGGUCGCGGUCAUCACUCCCUGACCGGGGCUACCGACGACCUGGGUGAUCUGACGGGAGGUUUGGAUCUAGCAGUUGCACAUCUUGAUCUCUGCCUACGAUUGGAGAUCCCACUCGUCAUUUUGAUAACCAAGUACGAUCUCGCGACAAAGGACAGGCUCAAAAGCACGCUGAACAUGAUACUCUCCAAGAUAAAGGCCAAGGGCCGGAUCCCAAAGCUGGUGGCUCCGAUGCAGCCUGAGGAUCCAAGCCUUUCCGAGGUGCCCUUGGCCAGUCAGCAGAAAGUGAACCAGGAUAUCCUCCAGAACAUGGAAGGAUCAGACAUGUCAUCCAUCAUUCCGGUGGUGCUGACCAGUGCAGUGACCGGUCUUGGCAUAGGUGUGGUUCAUGCCCUGUUGAACAGUUUGCCAAUCCCUCCACCACCGACGGCGCGAGACUUUGCUCCCCAGGUGCUGAAUCCAGAGCAGCCAUCCACCCUAUUCCACAUCGAUGACAAGUAUGAGCUCGCGAACCAUGCUUCAGACAAGAGUGCUAUCGUCGUGGCCGGUUAUCUGCGCUUCGGCUCCUUAUCCAUUGGCGAUAGAGUAGUUUUGGGACCGUUUCCGGCAGAUGAUGAGGAGGCACGCAGGCUUGUGCCACGCGAUCACCCGUCGCCCGGGGAUGGGCUGUCCAUAUCACAUCCAUCAUUCGCCGAGCUUGCUCGCUUUGCCUCACGCAAUGCAGUUUCUGCAUCGACCGUCAAGGGAGAAUGGCGCAAUGCCUCAGUUGUCAACAUCCGCAAUCUACGGUUACCGGUACGGACAAUGGAGGCCGGGCAGGCGGGAACUGUCCAGAUUGUGUUUGAGGACCCUGUCGAGGAGCUAUCCGAUACUGACUCAAUUUUCGAGACGACAAAGCCUACGGGGAUCACUAUCCGGAAAGGACAGGUCCUCGCAAUUCCUAGUCAGCACAUGCUGGAUACUGGACUGUCCUUGCAGGCAGCUUCGGGCUUCAAGGCGGUCUUUUCGGAUAUUGGGGUGACGUCGUUAUCUGUUGGAACCCUCGUCAAUGUAUAUGUGGCAACCAUUCGGGCGGCGGCCCGGAUAUUGAAAGUCAUUCGCCAUCUGCCCGGCUCCGAUCUGCGGAACGCCGUGAGUGAAGGCCACGACGACGUAUUCGGCAUGGCAGACAGCAUUGAGCUGGAAAGAUCGCGUUCUGAAGCGGAUUUCGAUGCCGCCAAGAACGAAUACGCCGUCUCUCUGGAACUGCUCACCAAUAGGGAAUGGAUAGAGUUGAGAUCCCGCGUCGUCCUCAUGGAAGGCGGGAAACAGGGGAGCUCUGGGCUAGAGGGCUACGUUGGAAGUGUGAUAGAGAUAGCGGAGUGA